AUGAACAAUUAUACCACCCCUUCGGAUAAUACAGUACUAGUCCUCGACAGUGUAGGCCAACCGCUGAGAACAGAAGUCCGUCCGAUCCCCAAAGCAGGUUAUGGCAGCGUUGUGAUCCGCGUUCUCGCUGCCUCAAUCCGAGCCAACUCACCAAGCGUAUACGAAGAUCCUGAAAGUGGCCACCCUCUUCCCAUUCCCUUCGUUCCAGGCUUUGCAGCUAUUGGGAAGAUUCACGAAGCCGGCCCUGACGCAUCAAGGCUGAAGCCCCGCCAACUUGUGUUUUUUGACCCCUACAUUCGAGGGAGGGAUAACGACGAGGCUAUAUACGUGAGUGGGCUCAUGCAUUGGUAUAACGAGGCAAGUGGCAAACUGGCGAAGGAUAUAUGGCGCGAUUCUACCUACGCCCAGUAUGCUCGAGUUCCACUGGAGAACUGCCAUCCACUAGACGAGCGGCUUCUGGCAUCUCUAGAGGAUGGCGGGCUGGAUUACACCAUCGAAGACCUUACACAUAUGUUCAGCAUGUUGAUCCCAUUUGGUGGACUUGCCGACAUCGACGUCAAAGCUGGGGAAACCAUCAUAAUCGCACCAGCUACUGGACGCUACGGAAGUGCAGCUGUCCACCUUACUCUGGCUAUGGGAGCCAAGGUCAUAGCGGUGGGUAGAAAUACACGCGUCCUGUCAGAGAUUUCAGGUAUCAGUUCUCGAGUCAGGACAGUCCAGCUUUCGAAUGAGGUCGAAGAAGAUACGAACGCGAUUAUGGCAGCUGCCCAAAAUCCAAUCGAAGCCUUCUGGGAUAUGUCACCCAUGGCAGCUAGCGCGUCAUCUCACUUCCAGAGCUGCCUAAGAGCUUUGAGUAUUGGCGGCCGAGUUAGUAUUAUGGGAGCCGUUUCUCCUGAUGUCGGAUUUGGGUAUAUGGAUAUAUUGGUACGAGGGCUGACGAUAAAGGCGACUUUGAUGUGCACAAUGGAGCAGACCAAGAGGAUGAUUAGAAUGGUUGAGACAGGAGUUCUGCCUCUUGCAACGAGGGCUAAGAUGGGAAAGGUAAAGACCUUUGGCCUGCCACAGUGGGGGCAGGCCUUUAACUAUGCAAGGGACCAUAAAGAACCUGGUGAGGUUGUUUUCAUUCCAUGA